CCAACUCCACCCAGAACGUGCCUAAAAGGAUGACUGAUGUCUGCCCUUCUGAGAGCAACCCUAAUGGGACUGAGGCCCAGGCUGGGACAACAGGAGUCAUCAGCAACAGCUCCGUUACAGCAGCAGAUGGCAGAGGAUCUAACAGGGACUCUGUAGGAAGUACUUCUAGUGGCACAGUUGCAGUUACUGGUUACCAAAGGUUGAGCCGCCAAGACAGCUCGGACAUCAACACAGACGAUGAGGGGGCCACUGUCCGCCACCUCACUGCAUUGGAAAGGCUCAAUCUGGAUAUGUGCCAGGAUGAAAGGGAGGCGAUGGUCCGUGAGCUGACACUAGGUCGAAGAAUUGCCUUCUACAAGAUAAGUGCGGGGCAGCUUGGCAGUGGAAAUUUCUCCCAUGUCAAACUAGGAAUUCAUGCUCUCACCAAAGACAAAGUGGCCAUUAAGAUCUUAGACAAAACCAGGCUGGAUCAGAAAACUCAGUGGCUGCUUUCCAGAGAGAUCUCGAGCAUGGAAAAAUUGCACCACCACAACAUCAUACGCCUCUAUGAGGUGGUGGAGACGUUGUCACGGUUAUAUUUAGUGAUGGAGUAUGCAAGUGGAGGGGAGCUCUACACAAAGAUCAUUACAGAAGGAAGACUUUCUGAUUCUGAAAGCAAGAACGUCUUUGCUCAGAUCCUUUCUGCUGUCAAACACAUGCAUGAAAACAACAUCGUCCACCGUGACUUGAAGGCCGAAAAUGUUUUCUACACCAGCGACACCUGCGUCAAAGUGGGAGACUUCGGAUUUAGCACGCAGACCCACCACAAUGAGAGGCUCAGCACGUUCUGUGGCUCUCCACCUUAUGCUGCACCAGAACUCUUUCGGGAUGUGAAUUAUGUUGGAGCUUUUGUAGAUAUCUGGGCCCUUGGGGUGAUGCUGUUUUUUAUGGUUACAUGCACCAUGCCAUUCAGAGCAGCAACUGUGGCCAAACUGAAGCAAUGCAUCAUGGAGGGGACCUACACAAUGCCCAUUUGGGUGCCAGAGGCGUGCCAGAGGCUCAUCAGAGGGAUCCUCCAGCAGGUACCAGCUAAUCGCUACACAGUGGAGCAGAUGAUGGGCUGUGAGUGGCUGCUCCCAGUGGAAUUCCCAUGUGCCAUGGAGCCAUUUAAACUGGACCCUUCCUAUCUAGCUGAGAGUGAUCCAUGUGAACUGCUGGAGGAGGAGCUGGAGGUAAAAGCAGCUCUAGAAACGCUAGGAAUCACUUCAGAGCACAUCCUCAACAACCAGGGGAAAGACUGCAGGAGCUCCAUCACUGGAGUCUAUCGAAUUCUACUGCAUCGGGCUCAGACGAGACGAGCUGUUGACAACAAGCCUGCUGCUAACGCACAGAAAGAUGGACCAAAUGAAAAGGAACGACCCAAAGUGAACAGAUCAGCACAGCAGACAUCCAAACUCUGUGUGAUUCUGUAA